AUGAGGAGUCUGGCGCUGCUGCUGGGGGUGAAAGCCGCUUGCAUCCUGCUGGUGUCGUCGCUCUCGGGCACAGGAGCCGUCAACAACAGCGGCCGGUGGUGGGGUAUUGUCAAUGUGGCCUCCUCGUCCAACCUCCUCACCAAUUCCAAGAACGUGCAGUUGGUCCUGGAUCCAAGCCUGGCCCUACUGAGUCGUCGCCAGCGCCGGCUGAUUCGGCAGAAUCCUGGCAUCUUGCAUGCCAUCGCCGCUGGGCUGCACACUGCCAUAAAAGAGUGCAAGUGGCAGUUCCGCAACCGCCGCUGGAACUGCCCGACCACCCACAGUCCAGCAAUUUUUGGCAAAAUUGUCAAUCGUGGUUGCCGAGAGACGGCAUUUGUAUUUGCCAUUACCAGCGCAGGGGUGACCCAUGCUGUGGCUCGCUCCUGCUCAGAAGGGGCCAUUGAGUCGUGCACAUGCGAUUACCGCCGCAGAGGUCCUGGAGGGCCAGACUGGCACUGGGGGGGCUGCAGUGACAAUGUGGACUUUGGCCGGAUGUUCAGCCGUGAGUUUGUGGACUCCAGCGAGAGGGGCAGAGAUCUGCGCUACCUCACCAACCUACACAACAACGAGGCUGGCAGAAUGACUGUGUCAUCAGAGAUGCGUCAGGAAUGUAAGUGCCAUGGCAUGUCAGGCUCCUGCACCGUGCGUACAUGUUGGAUGCGCCUGCCCAGCUUCCGCACUGUGGGAGACUUCCUUAAGGACCGCUUCGAUGGUGCAUCCAGAGUUGUUUAUGCCAACAAGGGAAGCAACCGUGCGUCUCACCGAGCCGACCCCCGGCAUCUGGAGCCUGAAAACCCUACUCACAAACCCCCCUCUGCCAUGGACCUGGUCUAUUUUGAGAAAUCACCAAACUUCUGCUCAUACAAUGGCAAAACUGGCACUUUGGGAACUUCUGGGAGGACAUGCAACAGCUCUUCUCCAGGCCUGGACGGAUGCGAGCUGCUCUGCUGUGGACGUGGGUUUAAGACCCGGACUGAGAGUGUGACUGAACGCUGCCACUGCACCUUCCACUGGUGCUGUCAUGUCAGCUGCUUGAACUGCACCAGUACACGAACGUUACACCAGUGUCUAUGA